UCGGAACCCGAGCCGGAAAAGCAAACAUUUCAGUUGCCGUGCAGCAGAAUAAACACCUUUCCACGGCACGACAUUUAUUCUUACAAGCUCGCGCCUUAAAUGAAUCCAUUCAAAAUAGAAGCGGGGAGAGCGAGGUCAAGUUCAGCAGGGGAGGAAGGUGCAGCUUCGAUGACAGCGUGAUGUAAGCGUGUGGGCACAGCGCAAGGUGUGAGCGCUGGGGAAUGUAAACCUCAUCAUGAGAAGAUAACAAUAGUUCCUCGAGCUGUAUCACACUGACUCAGGCCUCCAGCUGACACAUGCAGGACGGCUGCACAGUACAGCUUUGUGCACAGAAAUAGUCUCAUUUUCGCACACUAACUGAAAUAAUGCACCACACGCUGGCAGCCCCCCCACCCUCCCCUCCCUUUAAUUAAAAUUUAGGCUGAAAGACGAAAUGUGUGUUGGUCACUGACUGUCUGUACCCACCAGCCAUGACGCAUGACAUCACUGGGGGUCUAUAUUCAGUGUGCUGCAAAAGACGCAGCUAACUUUCCGUACUUUGUGAUUUUUGCACCUCCCUUUGGCACUCCAUGUGUGGGACUUCUUCCUCCACAACACAUUUACGCUCAUCACUUCCUCACUCCUCCUUCCCUCCUUCUCUCCUCUUCUCAUCUUUCAUUUUGCCCCUGUCUAUAAUUGGAUUCUAUUUUCAGGCCGCUGUAAGUGUCUAUGUCUCUUGUGUUUGUGUCUCGCACCCCAUUUUCUCCUCCAUCGUCACCCUCUUCUUUUUUCGUUGCCAUCUCCCUCUCCCUUUUUCCUCUUACCAUCUAAAGCCACUCUGCAUGUUCUCUCUUUAUUUUUUCCCUUGUUCUGCCCUCAAAACAUUGAACUCUUGCAACACCUUUCACUGACCUUUUUAUCCUUUUAUUCGUGACUGUUAAAUGUGAUGUGUGUCGUGCUAAAAGCUUUAUGCAAAAGUGUGUUAGGUGAAGUAAUGCAAUGCGGAGUAAACUCCACCUAACUGAUGUGAAUAGCUCUCUCAUGACCUAAUUCUGGUAGUCUGGGUUACACAGCGAUCUGAGAAAGAGGAGGAUAUAUUUAGGGAGUAGAAGAAACUAGAAAAAAAAGAUGAUGACAUGUUUGUGACAAUAGAGCCGACAAAACAUACAGUAGCGACGAAGUAUGUAUAACCAACUCAUGCAAAAACCAUCAUAUGAUGUGUGACACAUCUUUAUGUUGUUUGUGACGUUUUAGGAAAGGCAGUGAGCCAAUUAAAUAGCAUUUAUUGAGGGGAGGAGUGAAAAACGAGAGGCCGGCAGAGGGAGGGAGUCGUGCUGUAGAACUUGGUUGGCUGUUCGGAUGUCUCUAGAGGUGCGCCGCAUAUUUAAAAGACGAAAAAGACUUAGAGAGAAAGGAGGAGAGUCUGUCAGGGAUGGGAAAAAGUUGACUGACGAGUAGAGGAAAUGGUGAUCUCUCAUCAGACCAAAAAACCCUCGCCGACGAGGCCAGGAAGCUGCAAAGCCACGACCCACCCGUCUCGACGCGGUCACGUGGCACAGAGCCGGUCCACGCCCGUGCGGACAGUGCACAUCCGACCACUGGCACCGCGAAACACACCCUCAUGCAAACAGCACGCUCAAACCGCGCGGACGUACAGGGUGCACACACGUCUGACUCAGACGCACAAGACUACCUCACAGUCUACACACUGCUGCCCGGCGCGGCCCCAUGAGCAGUACACAGCACACAGCGAUCACUCAGGCUGCACCUUCUACUGCUAUUUCUGCUACUGCUGUUACUGCUGCUGCCUCACGUUGCUCUCUUUCUCUCUCCUCCUCCUCCUGUCUCCACCUCCCAACACUCCUCCCUCUUCCUCUUUGUCCUCUAAUACCACUCUUCCGCCUUCCUCCUCCUCCAUCCGUCCAUCAUCAACUUCCUGUUUGGAUGAACUUUCCUGUAUUUACCCUGAUGUCAACCUGACUUCUCCUGCUGUGCCUCCCUACUGCCCUGUGCCACCUUGUCUCAUCCCUGAUGAUUCUUUGCCUUUCUUCUUCAUCUCAUCACCUGACAUCACCACUCCUGACCAACUCACCUCCUGCCACGGCUCCUCUUCUAAAUCCUCUUAUUCCUCCUCUACCUCUGACUCCUCUGCCCCUCGUCAUCAUCCUAUUCUGUGCCGGCCGUGGCCUUCUUCACGCUCUCUUUCCUCCCUGCUCCUCUGCCCUCCCAGCUUUGGGGAUCCAGUCUUAUCCUAUGCUUCCACUUUGGAGCACAUACCCUCCGGGCCGGCCCGGCCUCGGACGCUGCUGCGCCAACAGAGCCUUCAGCAGCCUCUCAUCCACCCGUCAGGCCCUGGUCUCUGCCAUCCCCCCACCACAUCCCAGAGCUUGGGACAAUUACACACUGCACCUGGACAGCCUGGGGGAGGCGGGGGUGCUGGGAGAGGAGAGGGAGGUGGCAGCAGUGGUGAGGGUGGGGGUGCAGGUACACGAGGUGGUCCCCGGGGUGCACGGGGCGGCGCAGCAACGGCAGGUGCCUCUCGCUAUAGGGGAGGUGGAGCAGGAGGGCGCUCGCGUGCCAACCCGGGCAGCUGGGAUUACAUGAUGGACCAGAUCCGGAAUCGUGGGCUGGAUGUCAAGUCCUUCCUUGAAGGAAAGCUGGUGGUCCUGGCUUUGGCCAUUGGUGUGGCAGAGCAAGAUGACUUUGCCAAUAUCCCUGACCUGCAGGAAACAGCGCAGGCAGCACCACCACCACCAGCCAAUCAGGAACCGCCCCCUGAGAAGAGAGGCAACAAGCCAGCCAACAGCCCCAAGGGCCAACCUCCUGAUGCUGACGGCCACUCCUCUGUAACUGACCUGGCCAACUCUCUCACUGGAGACAUGGUGAUGCUGUCUCCAGGUUCGGAGGAUGAUGAAGGGCCCAUCAGUGAAAAGCUGGGCCGGAUCCAGUUCAGCAUAGGCUACAGUUUCCAGAACACGACCCUCACUGUCAAAGUUCUCAGGGGCCAGGACCUCCCGGCCAAGGACUUCUCUGGCACCUCCGACCCCUUUGUUAAAAUCUACCUACUGCCUGACAAAAAGCACAAGCUGGAGACCAAGGUCAAGAGGAAGAACCUCAACCCCCACUGGAACGAAACCUUCCUGUUUGAGGGCUUCCCUUAUGAGAAGGUGAGAGAGCGCACUCUCUACCUUCAGGUGUUGGACUAUGACCGUUUCAGCAGGAAUGACCCCAUUGGAGAGGUGUCAGUCCCCCUUAAUAAGGUGGAACUGGGCCAGUUAAAGACCUUCUGGAAGGAGCUGAAGCCCUGCAGUGAUGGCAGUGGGAGACGAGGAGACCUGCUGGUGUCUCUCUGCUAUAAUCCCACCGCCAACACCAUCACUGUGAACAUCAUCAAAGCACGCAAUCUCAAAGCCAUGGAUAUCGGGGGCACCUCAGAUCCCUAUGUGAAGGUGUGGCUGAUGCACAAGGACAAGCGUGUGGAGAAGAAGAAGACGGUGGUGAUGAAGCGCUGUCUCAACCCCAUCUUCAAUGAGUCCUUCCCCUUUGACGUGCCCGCCCAUGUGCUGAGGGAGACUACCAUCAUCAUCACCGUCAUGGAUAAGGACAGACUCAGCCGCAACGAUGUUAUUGGCAAGAUCUACCUAUCGUGGAAGAGUGGACCAGCGGAAGUGAAGCACUGGAAAGACAUGCUCGCUCGGCCGCGCACUAAUGUCGCCCAGUGGCACGCUCUCAAGGCCUGAUCGCACCACCCAGCUUCCUCCAUGGCCCCUUCCCGUCUCCUAUCCCUCCCUCCUCCUCCUCCUUCUCUCUCUCUCCUCUCUAUCUCUCCCCUCCUCCCACUCCUGUCCUUAUGCACAAGACUGACUUGCUGCCAGGCUGCGAAACACGGGUACAAUUAGCCAUCUGCUCUCUUAAACCUUUAAAGUCCUUUUCUCUUUUCUUUCAAGGAUCUCAAAUUUUUUCUCCCCGACCCGUCUCUUCUGUUCCCUCCUCUCAUACAGCUCCGUCUCAAUUUCCGUGUCUCACCACUUUGCCAAUGGUUCCCCUGUUUCUGACUGUCUGUAUGUCCGUCUGUCCGUCCUUAUGCACUUUGCCUGUGGAGGUCUGAUAAUCAGUUCCUUUGCCGAUCCCUUAGUUUUGAACUGCAUUGCAGCCCCUGACCCAUACAAGGUGCCAGUCCCGUGGGAUCACAGAGAAUCGUCAGUAAUGAUCUAAUCUCAUAUAAUCCUGUUGUAUGAAUAUUCCAGGUAUACAAUACUAUACAGUAUGUACUGUAUGUACAUAUACAUAUGAAUAUAUUAGGUGUAUAGAUUGGCAGAACUCCCCUAUACACAUGACUAGUAUACAGUAUGUUACUCAUAGGUCGCCUGCUGUUUCCCAUCUCUUCCGUCUCUUCAUUUGCCGCCUCGUCCUUGUCAUCUGUCUCAAGAGUACUAUAUUCCCCCUCCUUUUCAGUCCUUCCUCCUUUUUACUCAAAAGUGGUUUAAUGUUCAGCUGAAGUUGUUGAAAGCAAUCAAUAUAUGGUGUGUAAUGAAACCAGCUGAGCUCAAGAUGGAAUUGUUGAUACCGCUGUCUCUUCUCUCCUCUUUUUUCUUCCCUAUGUCCCUUUUUUCCUCUCUUCUUUUCCCCCUUUAUUGUUCCCAAUUUCUCUUCCUCUGGCACAAUAUUAGCGAAUUCCUCCCCCACUCCCCCUUUCUGGACGUCCCUCCCCCUCUUCCUCCUCGUCGUCUGUGUGCUGUGGGUGCUGUGCUGUAGCUCCGACAAAAAUAGAGAUUAAAAAUUUAAAAAAUAAACUGAACUUUCCGAAGCUGGGAAAGCAGGGACACGAUGAACUUGUGAAACGGAGCGCUCCUGAUUUUUUCCGGACAAAAAAGCCCCGACACGGAGAGAGAGAAAAAAGAAGAUGAAAACACAAACAAGCAAACAGAUCCUUCCUCCCCCUCAAGAUACUAUGAUGUCAUUUUUCACAGCAUCACCAACUGAGGAAACGAGUUUAAAAUCUUCUUCCAACGUUAAGAUGAGAGCAGAGGCAAGAGGCCACGUUUGUGCAGUUUGCGCACGUGCACGUGGGUUUGCCUGUGCACACUUCCGUCUGUUUAUUGAUGCUAUGAAUUCUUUGUGCUGCCCCGUGCUCUUGUUUUGCGCUGACGGGGGGGACGAUCUCCGUCCGUUUUGACUGUGCGCUGUGCUGCGGUGAUGUGUGCCUGUUGGUGUGCGUUUGUUUUCACAGGAGCCGUUCUGUAGAAAUCUUCUCUUUUCUCUUUCUCAUGUUGCGCUCUUCUUGCUCUUCUUACUGCCAUUGUUUCCCCAUCUUCUACUGCCCUGCCUUCUGAACGAGGGCACGGGGAAGUUCUAUCUGCACUUUUUGGAAAUGUAAUAACAAUAAUAAUGAUGACGAUGAUUAUAGUGAUGGUGAAAAAUUAAGGGAGGAGUGUCUGAAAGGGCGAGCAGAAGUUGGGAGAGGUGACGUCUUCUCUGUGAUUUCAGGGCUUGGAGAUGUAGGUCAUAGAGGAUGCAGGGCUCUCAUCCUCCUCUUUUUGUUCUUUUUUCUCGAUGUACGUGCACGCACACGUGCAUGUGUGUGUGUGUCAGCUACCACACUCCUGGUGGCAGACUGCUGGUGUCUGAAAUGUCAGGCCAGGAUGGAGAUAUCAGGCUUUUCUUCUUGUCACGUGGAGGCCGGCCAGCACAGCAGUGCUAUUUCACAAAGCGUCGAUCAACAACAAGAGCGUGAUCAGAGCUCUAACCGACAGUCUGUCCUGUAUUCCUCGCCUAAAAAUGCUGAACAAUUGUUAGGCAUCUAAAAACAGUAAUUUCGAUGUGCAUUUUUCUGGUUUCCACACUGGAAGAACAUUAAUAAAACAAUAAAACCUUCUUUGGGUUUUUGUUGCACUUCAAAGGAAAAAUGAGCAAGCGUGUAUCGCAGACAAUAGGUGUGAUAUUAGACAAUGGCCUGAUCUGCCACCGCGAGAUACCGUAGAAGCAGAUUAGACAUUAUCUCUUCGCUGAGUGCUAGAGAGUACCACAGAGUGUACCGUUGCCCUCUUUGCCCGGCACAUUCAACACAGCUCGAUAUUUCUGUAACGUAAAUAAAGCAGCAGCAACUGGAAAAGCUGUCAACCAUUAAGAGCUACUUAAAAAGAAAUCUGCUUUCGUAGUGUGCUCUCUACUACAGCCUGCCUGUUUGUUUUCUCUUUGCAUUCAUGAAGUCUUGACAAGCGAAUCAUGUCACCUGUUCCUUUCUUUUCUUCCAGCGGCUUAAUUUUCUAAAUGAAAAUCAUCAUUUCAGGAAACUCGCAAGUUAAACAGACUUAGCAAGUAAAUAUAAUCAGUUUGUUUCUUCGCUGGAAUAUAACCAUUUUCAUAAUGCAGUGUGAGUAGUUUUGAACUAACUCGACCUCAUCAAAAAAGCUGUGGGCCCUGCAGUGGAUUUUAUUUCCUUGCAUCAUGCAACAAUUUGACAGUAUCUUGCAUUUCGGCGUUUAUUUUCAGUUAUGCCAACCCGUUCAACACUUGAUAGACAGUAUGAAUUUGCAGUUGUGUAAGCGUGCGUUGCUUCUUGUCCAGUAGCUCUCUAAGCUGGUCUUGGGCAGCGUACGGUGUGCUCAGUGUGUUCUGGGUAGUGUGGUUUGCGUGAGCCUCAGUGCUGGCUGCCGUGAUGCGCUGAUCCAGUCCAGCAACCUUCAGAACAAUUGGCCAGCCGUGGAACAGGGCCCACUGUUUUGACAGCCACUGCCUGCAGUGUCACAGCACAUUACACUCCCAUUAGGUGGUCAGAAAGGAGAAAUAUCUGCCUCCUUGGACCUGAGGGACUCACGAUUUGCAGAGGUAUCAUUUGCUAAAAAUAAAAGAAAACGUGGCGGACUCUCAUUAGUUACCAUGUUUGUGAUGGACAGGGAUAGAGCUCGUCGGUGAAAAAAUGGAAAUCAGUGGGUGAUCGCUGCUAAAGCUGUGAAAACCACACGUGCAGGCGAUGAGUCAACACAGUACCUCUGCUAUUUCCUUUUGCCAAGAUUCCUCGUUGCUUGAAAAGUGAUAAAUUGCUAUGCUACAGGGGUUUACAAAGCUUAGUCAUCAGUGACCCUGUAAACUUGGGGAUACGGCUUUAUUUUUAGAAACAUGAGGCACCGUGUAAUGCCUCUGAUCCUGACAGGUAGGACUGGAAGCUGAAAGGAUACAGGGUCAAGCUUUUAAAACUUACAGCUUUUGAAUACAGAUUAUUUCUUACAUGGAAAUUCAGCAUAUGACAUUUUCUCUUUUCCUCAAUUGGUGGGCCAGCAGAUAAUUAGCUAGAGACACUUUAAUACUUUCUUUGAGCACGUGUUACCGAGCGAACCGGAGACGUGAAAAGCUCAACAUGCAGUUUAGUCAUUUUGGCUCUACUUUCUCGUUUGUUUGUACUCCCACAGACCACACUGCUACAUCGGCGAAAAUUAAAAGAACUGCAAAACAACAAUUUUCCCCAUUUAAAUCUCUGCUUUUGCUUUUAAGUGGUAACAAAGUGAGCUUUCAUCAUAUCGCAAAGCUGUUAAAAGAAAGAAAUGCUUCAGUACAAAAUCUUUUAUUUUGAUGUGUUAUACGAGUUAUGCAUAAACAGUUAUACUUUUUUUAAAGCAAUUCCCAAAUGAGAAACUCAUAAUGUGUUAUGUCUCAUAGUGAGUUAAUUUGAGUGAGGUUUUAUGUUAGUAAGAGGACAAACAUUAAAAACAGCUUCAAGAGCCUGUCAUCAGUUGAAAAUCAUGUUUAGAAGCCAUUCCCAUAAAGUUGGAACAAGUCACGACGUACCGAGCUGAUAAAACACUGUUAAGCGUAUUUGUUGAGCUGCUGAAGAGGGUCUCAGCUCCCAAGCAGAGCAUUCUGUUUAAACCAAGAGCUUGAUACUUGCAAAUGUUAAAUAUGCAAAGAAUUAGACAUCAAUUAUCUUCAUUUGUUUCGGUUGAAACAGAGUACAUAUGCUGGUAGUCAGAAUAAAAGUCCAUAAAGUUAACCAUUACUUCUACACGUGACAAGGAAAACAAAAUCCAGGUGUGACUGUAAUAUUGGAUGUGCACAGGAGUAUCCCAACUAUCCAGGAAGUUGCUCACUCCAUUAAAAUAACCAGGAGUCCUGAAUAUUAUGUUGUCUUUGCCAGCAGUCAAACAGCAGCACUAUUAAAAUGGAUGCUGCGCUCAGAGCCAAACAGUAUAAAGGAGAAAGCAAUUUCCAAAUCCUAGUUUUAUUAUAUUGCCACCUGUCUCACAUCUCUAAACUUAUUGCCUUUUGUUGGCACCAGCACCGUCGGCAAUGACCUUCAACAAUCCUAAGCUCAUGAAUGCAGCAUGGCAGCGCUGCAGAUGCUCCCAGUCGAGAUUCUUUUCUUUCUGUUUUUUGACCAACUUCACUCUCUGUUCUCGCUCUCCUUGUGUUCAGGCUCGGCUCCGUCUUUCAUCAUCUCUUCAUUCCCUGGCGGAGCUGGCGGGUAGGUGCAGGUGUAGAUAAUUAGUGUUUGAUUACAAAGCUUCAAUUCAAGAUGACUGACGCAACCAUCACUGACUCCAAGUUUCUCAGAGAAUAAAGGCUUUUCGAGGUGAUUUUUGUAGUUUGUAAAUGUUUCUUUCCCUCUGAUGUUUUUCUUUCUCUCCGUUUUAGUUAAAGUCUCAUUAACUGUUGGAAGGAUGAUCUUGGAUUUUUGUGCAGACAUUCAUGUUGCCCUCAGGAUGAACUGGAACCUUUUAAGGUUCUUCUGUUUUUCCUCUGGUAUCAUCAUUCAGUCAAAAACCUUUUUAGUGCUUUGGUUUAUGCCCGAAUACCUACAAAACUGAAUGCCAGCUGUGAUUAUGCUUAUUUAAUAUUAAUUGGUAAAUUCUGGCAUGAUAACUAAACUGCUCAUUACUCAUUACUAAACUCCCAUUUAACAGAUAUUCAGUGGCUCACUUAAGAGUAAGCAGUAAAUUGAAAUUUUGCCAUGCCUGUAUCACAUCAUUAUGCUAGCAUGCUGAUGCCAGCCUUUAUUGUCAAGGUAGAGUACUUGGGAAAAGUCUUGAGCCGCCCCUCAUUUCUUUAUAUUUUGCUUACUGUCAGCUUGCAGGUUUUCAUAAAGUGGUCCUGAGUAGUUCUCCAGGCUUUCUGAAGGUCUUUCUAUGAUUUUCUCUUGACAUUGACUACAUUUUCACUCAUUUUCAGUCCAGUUCGUAACCAUUUUGAAAGGAAUGUUUUUUUGUUUGUUUGUUUGUUAAUUCACUCAUCACUGACCUAUGAGUCAUUCAAACAUAACAAGGCACCUAACUCAAAGGAUGAAUCAGUGUUGUGUCUACACAGACAACUUAGCAAGAAUCAAUUUUUAAUUGUAACUUUAGGCAUUUUGUUACUUGCAAAAACACAUCAAUUUACAAUUUCUUUAGUUGAAUUGAAAAGUGGGAAAGAGAAAACAUUUGGACAGGAAUAAAAUAGCACUCUUGUGUCAACAAGGUGAUUCCCAAAGAGCUAUAAGACAUAAACUUAGUAUCUCAGAAUGGCAUGCUGUGUGUUCUUACAAAGUGUGAAGAAACUGGACAAUCAGAAGACAAAAGAAGACAUGACAGGCCUAAAAAACUAUCUGCACCAGAUUAACUGUAUGUAAAAGUCAAGUUCAGUGUAUCUCCACCUACUGUUCACUGAAGCCUCAUCAGAAAUAUUCUGAUGAGGAAACCAAUCUUACGGAAGGAAAACUGAAAAAAAAGGCUGAGGAAUGACAAAUAACACAAGAACUGGACUGAAAAUCAGUGGCAAAAGAUCUUAUAGAUCGCUGAAUUCAAAUUUGAAAGGUUAUCAUCAGAAGUGGUCAGGAGAGAGGUACAAGAGUGAGUCUCUACAAAUACACAGUGGAGGCUCUGUCAUGGUUUGGGGCUGUAUUUCAGCCAGUGGUGUUGGGGAUCUUUUCAAAACUGAUGGAAUUAUGAACGCAGAAAAAUACCAUAAGAUUUUGAUCCACCAUGAGGAAAAGAUCUGAUUGGCAAAGGCUUCAUUUUUCACCAUGACAAUGAUCCCAAACACACUGCCAAUGCAAUAAUAGCAAAGCCGGACACAAAAACACGCAAUUGGUCAUUAUCGGUCGUGGAGCUCAACGUUUUUGAAGCAGGGUGGGAUCGUCUUGACAAAAAUUCGAACAAAAGGCAGCGAACAUCCAAAGAAGAGCUUUGAAUGUCCUUCAAGAAGCCUGGAGAACUAUUCCUGAAGACUACUUAAAGAAAUUAUAGGAAAGCUUGCUUAGAAGAGUCCAGACUGUGUUAAAGAAUAAAGGUGGUCAUAACUGUAAUACCUGUUUUUGCCUUCUAUACUAUAUUUCUGUAUGUUUGCAUGUUUCAGUAGAUUGAAUCUAUAGAUAGAUUUUCCGAACAAAAUAUAAAGAAAAGACUGGUGGCUCAAGACUUUGCAUCAUAUCUUUUAGGUUUUAGAGAACAGACCGGGAUCCUCAUUAGGGAUCCUCAUAGUGCUGACUACUGCAGAUUCUAAAUUUGGCUGUAAGGUCAGGAUUUUACUCGCUCGCAAACAUAGACAUGAACAGCUGAGGACAACAUGGAUGACUAGUUUCCAUCUCCCUUUAAGUUUGGUGCCUGUGCCCAUCCUAGGCUGUAUAUAUCUAUCGACUGUGUCCUCACCUAAUUGUUGUGGAGUCCACAUUUUGCUACAGAAACAUUAGCAUUUUGGGCCAUGUUGGUUUUUGUAGACAGAAGUGAUCGUACGUGGAAGACAGCAUGAAAUGCAAAGAUCUCAGCUAAGGCUAUCAAGCCUGGUUAGCAGGAUGGAUACACUCACUGACCAAAACUGAAACCGAAACACCUUGAACAACAAGCCAUAUUAUUUCUCUGAUAAUUCCACAGAAAUGCUCCUGAGGUGCAGUUCAGUGACUCAAAUUAGCAGAGUUGAGAUGAGCUCCCAGCUGCAGGGACACCUGUUAACCACAACAGCCAUGCCCAUCAUCUUAAGCCUUAAUAAACUCCAAAUGGGUGAGUUUUAAAAAAGACCCCCAGCGCAGUAGUUAUAAAGGGGAAAGUUAGCUUUAGCGACCAAAAGUGUUUUUGUAUCAAUCAUAGACUCAUUCAGGUCCAGAGGUUGCUGAACGGCUCAGUCACAUCCAUUCGCUCACAACAAACUUUGGCAGGCCUGUGGACGCCCACAUUUAGCCUCACGUCCCCCAUUUAAUGACUCUCUCGGACCCUCUCGCACUUGCUGAUGCGGAAACUAGAACACUGCCAUGAGUCCUGUUAUCAGCUUGGUGUUGUGAAGCAUAUGAGUCAUUCCUGGACUCCUAUCUUUGAGAUGUUUAUUCUUGGUUGUGCAUCCCCAAAUUUAUCAUUGUCACCAGCAGCCUUCCCUCCUCUGUUUACUUUCUAAAUAACUUAAAGCUUUAUUGGCUGAAAGGGUCACAUCUGUUUGCCAAAGGAUUAGUAAGAUAUUCUUCUGAGCCUGAUGAUAUUGUUUGUCCUUGUCAUACUCUCCUCCACCAUUUCUUAUUCUUAAGCACCAGUUUUCCUUGAUGGAUAUGGCUUUCUUCAGAUGAGCAUCAAUGAGUCACUCUAUUGGAAAGGUGCCUGCUUUGCAGAAGUUUUUAUGAUAUUAGAUUAAGUGUACAGUUAUUUUACCUCUUAGAGGACUUUAAAUGUGUGUGCGCGGAUUAAAAUCAGGCAGUCGUCGUCAUAAUCUCAUCCUAGAGGAUCUGCAGUUGACGUUUCAUUUUGCUGACUCAUGUUCUGACAGCUGAGUAAGCCCCGAACCCCUCCGGGUCACCUUUGUCAUUUGUCCAGUCACUUUCCUGCACAGACAGACCUCGCCUCCCCUUACUCGCCCUUUCGAUUGUUUUAAGCAUCUGGUGAGAACCAAUGUGACUUCUCCCAAUCAGGGUUUAAGUAAGCAUUAUUCGAAUAGUAACAAAUGGAUAUGAAAAACGAUAAUGAGUAAUAAUAUCUUUUAUUUCUUUCUGUUCACAUUUGACUGUUGGUCAGUGUGUAUGUAUGUGUGUGCUUGGUGUUCUUGUGUUGGGGUUUAUUUCUUUCCGAAACCGUGAGAAGAAAAAGCUUUCUGUUUUUGAAAAACUUUAUGUAAAUAUUGUUGGUGAAAAAUUAACAUUUGUUGUACGCCGAGUUUUCAUUUGUCACUCGAAAUGAUGACGAAAACAACGAUAUUCAUGAAUAACAGUGGUGAUGUUGACGAUACUGAAGCUGAUUAUACCUGCCCUUCUUGAACAAGGGCUUUUGAUGUCUGCUGUAUUUUUGUUGGAGGUGUCGUGCGGUCAGGGCAAGAGAAACAAAGGGAAGGAGUGAUACCCAACACAUCCCGGAUCCGCCGUAGCAACACUGCCACAUACCCUUUACCCUCCCCCACACCUCCAGGAAAUUGUGCGAUAUGUGGCGCUAAUCGUAGCCUGUGUUUCUCAUGCCAUAAAGCUUUGUUGCAUUUGUGUUGCAAACACCAAAACCAGCAGCGCCCUGCUUUUCAAGUGGGCUGCACGCCUCCCUGUGGAGCCACUCUGUCCUGGUUUGCUUGGCACCCUGUCUGCUUACAGGCUUGGGGAUUUACUGUAAUGCCAUUGUGUUAGGCAGGAUUGGCCCUGUACUGACACCGAUGAUGCCUUCUUCAUUGAAUUUGCAGUCAUUAUUUUCUCUGUUGGAGGCCAUGCAUGGGGACGGGCAUGUAUGGAGGACAGAGUGUAUUCCUAGUAGAAGGACAUAAACCAUCCAUCUGACCCCAUAAAGACAAUUUUCAUGCUUGUGAGUCAGCCUCUUAUUCGGGGGUUAGACUCAUGGUUAAGCACAAGUGACUGACAUGAACUUGCCACAUUAUAGGCUCAUCUUGUGCUUUUCCUUUUCUUUCUUUCUUUCUUUUUUAAAAAAGAACUCACAAUCUUGAGGAAGAAAAUCCCAGGAUUAGCACAAGAAAUAAGCUAUAUAGGCUAUAAAGGUUUGCCAUAUGGCAAUAAUUAUUUUUAAUCAUUAAAAAAACAAUUUAAAAAAUAGGACAGACUUUUUUCCAAAUGUCCAAAAUGUGCCCUGUGCCUUCUUGACAGACAUAUUCAGCCCACUGCUUUAUCAAAUAAAUACAUAAAUAACUGCACAGGGCUGUAGUCCAGUUAUUUUCACUGCAGGUGUCAGUACACCCACUUCCCUAUUUUUCAUAUGUCAUUGCCUUAUGUAUCUGGCUGGGCCUGUCUACAGUGCUGCGAUGGAGCUUAUCAGUUUCACAUUACUUUUAGGACCGUCUCUGCCAACAGACAUGAUAUGGUACAGCAGAUACUCCCAGCAGCCUUCUGCAGGAAGGACAGUGGAUACAGUCUUGCCUUCAUUUGUAAUACCAUCCUGUAGAGGGAGUCCCACAGAGUCAGAAAGUCCACAGACACACUAAAAAUAAAUUUCCCCUAAACCCAGAUCCGUCAGAGUGCGCGUCUCUUACUUUCCUCGCUGGUUGUAAAUAGACUUGAUGCAGUUAGAGCAGCCUCUAACUCCUGCCAUAAUGUGGACAUUUUUAAUCAGGUAGGUAAUAAGCAAUAUACUUAACCGAUCUAAUGCCAUACUCCGAAAUGUUACUGACAAAGUGUGAUGGUGACUUCUUUGCGUUGAGGGAUGUCGAGGGUAACACUCCUGUUUCUUCACCUCCUUUUCUCGACUCGCCGUGGCCCAACUCUUCAACAAAGAGUGCUCUAACUUAAAACACACAGUUGUGAUGUGUACAAUCUAAUUUAAUGUAUUUAUUUAUGUAUUUUUGCCAACUUUGUAAAGUGUAUAAAUAUCUAUAAAUAUAUGAAAAAUGACAGUACUGUAUAGAUUUUAGCUGCCUGGUAAGGUUAAUAGUAUAUACUUGGUAGACUAAAAGAAAAAGCGUAGAGCUGUUCAAAAGCCAGUUAUUGAGAAAAAUGCUUUCCGUAAAACCCAGUGCCACUGGCUCUUUUUAUAUUCUAAGUUUCGUUUCUGGUUUAUUUUUUUAUUCUAGCCAGUCGGAUCCAAAGUGUGUGUUCUUCUUUCCGUCCGUUUGUUUGUUAAUCGGUUAUUUUGUUGUUUCAUUUCUUUUCUUGACAAAGACACAGCGAGGUUCUGGCAGCCAGGAGAGUGCGGUGGAACGCAGACUGGGACCCUGUGCAGUAGUGUGUAUGUGUGUGCGUGUAUGUUAGGUGUGUGUCCGUCCAUGGUAGUGCUAGUGCUCUCUGUGCAGUGCCUCCCUCCUCCCUCCUCUCUCUGAUGUAGUUUGUCAUGUGAUGCAGUGUGCAUUAAGGUGCAGGAUGACUGUGUUUUCUGAAGCUGGCAGCUGCCCCGUCUCUUCCCCCCACCCCCCCACCCCCCACCACCACCAAUGUGUGUCUCCUCCUCAUGUCCACUCUUGUUGUUUUUUUUCUACCGCGCUUCGUUUCAGUCCUCCGCUAAGUAUAGAUUUCCAUUCUCGCUGCUCAAUUGUUCAUUUGCUCUCCCAUUCAGCUGGUAAUGUGCACACCACCGGAGUCUAAUUUCACAGUAAUCCAUGCUUCCCGAUCUAUCUGUGAUCCUUUGACCAUUAGCAUCUCUCAUUCAUCACCCUCCACAUUUCUGAAGAACACCUUGUUUUUCUACAGAGCUCUGUGGACCAGAGAAUGAUUUAGCACAAAAAAGAGGGCAUGCUUAUAACUUACCCCAAAUCUCUUACCCAUCAUGCUUCUUUUUCUUUACCCUCCUGAUGCAAAGUGUGAGGAGAUGGGUCGCUGUCAGCUCAGCAUGCAGAAUCACAAAGCAGCCAUAUUCAAAGUCAAGCACAGACUUAAAUCUAUGUUUUGGUGGCUUCACUGCUGCCCGUUUGUAGCAAGAGCAGGAGAAUAGCCUUAAAGAUUGGACCAACUGCACGAAAAAGUAGUGGGAUAUGUGCAUUCGUAGUGGACUAUUACCUCCCCUUUCCCACACCAGAUUUAUUACUCAGUAUUCCAAUGUGUUGCUUGGUUGCUCUGUACAUAUCUGUGUAGUACUUCUGUUGAUGUCCCUGUGUUAGUAUAGUAAUGGGUUCUUACUGGGCGGCCUCCGCAGACGUCCUCUCCCUCCUGCCCUCGUCUCAUUUUCUCAGAAACUUCAAAACAUUCCAUCUGAAUCUGUACUGAACAACAAUUUAAAGCUGAUUAGAUUCCACAUAUACUCGCAGUAAAACAGCAGGAGGACUGAACCACAGACGUUUCCACGGCGAGCCAUGAUAAUAACCAAGACGCCUUGCUUCGUGUCCCUCUGAGAAGUACACACCCACAGCUUGCAGCACACUCAGCGUAAACGACCUUCACACGCCCCUUUGCUCCUCCUAAUCCACCUCCACGCUGACCUCACCCAGUUUUGAGAGGUCAAUGGGUCGUCUGUGUUUGUGAGGAGCCUCUGACCUCCUGAGGGUGGAGUAAAGGAGAAGGUGGGAGAGCCCUGGGAGGCAGCAGAAAGGCGUGUGGACGUGGUCACAUCCUGGGUCAGGAGGGAAGGAAGCCAGGGCGUCUCAAGGUCAAGCCCAGUAGCACUUUGGUUUUGCGUUCCAUGUUUUUUAGCCUCUCCUGUUUUUUGGCCGAGCGGACUGUGAUCUUACUGGUUGAUUUUCUCGUUCUCCUCCACCCAUCAGUGUUAUAAAGUGUGUUGGGUGGAUGGAGCCUUGGAGCUGAGCUCUGAUUUUGUUCCAUAUUAAAGAAUCAUUUUUACUACACCUGU